UCAUGGGGCCCCCGGGCAAUAGGGGAUCAUGGGGCCCCUGUGUUCUUGCCCAAACUCAAAAAAGCCUAUGAAAAAGAUACCAGGGGCAUUUCAUGGGGCCCCCUACUGACCCCGGGCCCUUGGGCAGUGCCCUAGUUUCCAAAUGGUCAGUCCGCCCCUGGUCCCACGCCUGCAAACUGUUUGGAAUGUGAAUUGACAUCCUGCAGAGGAUUGGGAACAAGCGGGUAGCAGCUGGUCCCUUUAAAUGUGUACUACAAUAAACCUGUCCAUGA